CCGUGUCACGUGACGGGGGAAAUAGGGAGGCUCUUGUGUUUACAUCAAUGCAUUCAACAGCGGCUGCUGCAGAGCGUCUACACAUCAAUGUUCUUUGCUUUCAUUUCUUUAAAAACGAGCCCAAUCAUCGGUACACACGGUAGUUUCGAGUCCGUUCGAGCAUAACGCUGCUGUGUGAUAAACGGAGCGCGCGUCUGCUGUAGCUGUGAUCAGUUGUGUAUUAGAUUACUGGCGUUAUGGACGAGCUCGCGGUGGAAGUGCGAGGAGCGAGUGGAGCUUUCUACAAGGCUCUUGUAAAGGAUGUUCAUGAGAGUACAGUCACAGUGUCUUUUGAAAACAAUUGGCAGCCAGAACGACAGAUUCCUUUCCAUGAUGUCCGGUUUCCAGCCCCAACCGGCUUUCAGAAAGAGAUCAACGAGAGUGAUGAAGUGGAGGUUUACUCCAGGGCCAAUGAUAAAGAGCCCUGCGGAUGGUGGCUAGCCAAAGUUCGCAUGGUGAAAGGAGAGUUUUAUGUGAUCGAAUACGCAGCCUGUGAUGCGACGCUAAAUGAAAUCGUCACAUUAGAGAGGCUACGACCUGUGAACCCCAACAAAGCCGCGUCAAAGGACACCUUUCUCAAAAUCAGACUCGAUGUUCCUGAAGACUUGAGACAGAUGUGCGCGAAAGACUCUGCACAUAAAGACUUCAAAAAAGCGAUCGGAGCGUUUAACGUCACUUACGACUCGGAAGAAAAGCAGUUGGUUAUUUUGUCAGUUAAUGAAGUUACGGCAAAGCGGAUAGCCAUGUUGAGCGACAUGCACUUCAGGAGUCUGCGCACAAAGCUGACGCUGAUCCUGAGGAAUGAGGAAGCAACCCGACAGCUGGAGAGUUCUCGACAACUUGCCUCAAGGUUCCAUGAGCAGUUUGUGGUGCGUGAUGACCUCAUGGGAUUGGCCAUAGGCACCCAUGGGGCGAAUAUCCAGCAGGCCAGAAAGAUUCCUGGGGUCACUACCAUAGAUCUCGAUGAAGAGACCUGCACGUUUCACAUCUAUGGAGAGGACCAGGAGGCUGUUCGGAAGGCUAGAAGCUACCUGGAAUUUUCUGAAGAAGUUAUCAAGGUUCCUAAGAAUUUAGUCGGAAAAGUCAUUGGCAAGAGUGGGAAGCUGAUUCAAGAGGUUGUGGAUAAAUCGGGAGUUGUCAGAGUUCGAGUGGAGCCGGAAAAUGACAAAAAGCCUACUCCAUUAGACGAGGGAUUGGUGCCGUUUGUGUUUGUGGGGACGAAGGAAAGCAUUUCAAAUGCACGUAUUCUGCUGGACUACCAUCUAAAUUAUCUAAAGGAGGUGGAUCAGCUGCGAAUGGAGAGACUGCAGAUCGAUGAACAGCUCAGACAAAUCGGUGGAGGGCCUAGAGCUCUGCCGGGACGUCCUGAGAAAGAAAAGCCUUUCAUGGCUGAUAAUGGAAUGGGACCCUCACGGGGUGGCGGCAAACCUUUCGGUCGUGGAGGGAGAGGGAGACGGGGCCCGGCACUGACUUCAGGAACCAACUCUGAGGCCUCUAAUGCAUCGGAGACCGAAUCUGAUCACAGAGAUGAGCUCAGUGACUGGUCCCUGGCCCCUACGGAUGAGGAGUCCAUGGGUUACCCCAAAAGGGCCCCUGAUGGACGCAAAAGGGGUGGAGGGCCCCGGGGUCGUGGAGGGAGAGGACGAGGAGGAUACAAAACUGAAGACAUGCACUGGAAUGACUCCCGCUCCCGUAGUUCCAGAGACUCGAAGCUGAGACCGCAGGAAGACUCAUUGCAGAUCCGCAUCGACAGCAAUAACGAGAGGAGCGUCCACACCAGCCGAGGCCCCCAGGCUCUGACAGGAGACAGCGGAGGGAACCGGCAGAGACCCAUAAAGGAACGAGGGAUGAAGAAAGAGAAUCAGGACGGCCCAGACAGCCAAGCCGUCGUGAACGGCAUUUCUUAGAGAAUAAAGUGCCCCCUUCCCCCAUUCUCCCUCUCAGCUCCACCAAUCCAGAUGCUUCUUCAUUAGAAACACAUUAGGCCAAAGAGAACCAGGUCAGUAGGGCUGUCGCAAGACAUGACGUAAAGCACACUUUGUAAUUGAUAGUUGGGGUAACAGACGAGGUCUCUUGGUGUGUGGUGUAUUGGAUUUGGUAGUCUUCACGGAUUAGAGAGACCGGUCUCUAAAUCACAACUGAAGCUACAGUUUUCUAAUUGACUUUCUAAAUAACUACCUAUGAAGCAUAAAGAAGCUGUGGAUUAAAUGUCUCUCAAAAAUGAAAUCUUGAAAUGGUUUCCAAGCAAUUGGUUUUUAAAGGUGUUUUUUUUUUUUUUUUUUUUUUCAAACAAUGUCCAAACAAAAGGGAAAGAAACACAUUGGAGGAUGAACUCAAGCGCUCGGGCCCAAGUUUAUGCCACAUCUCAUGGCAUACGUUGUUUUUACAUGCUUUGGUGUUCAUGGUUACUCGAGCCCAUUCUGAUGUGAGAUUUUUAGCCACAUCAUUAGCAAAAAAAGAUGGCAAAUGUAAAAAAAAAAAAAAAAAAAAAACAAGCUCCUGUCUGGAUCUGUGCCUUUACCUAGUGUGGAUAGUAUCAUCAUUUGGAUGUUUAAAUCAGGGAAGAAGACGUGAACAACCUGUCUGAGCAACGUGUGUUGCAAUCUCAGCCGACAACUUUUUUUUUUUUUUUUUCUCUGUGUUGCAUGUGUUUCACCAACAUGUUGUGUGUCUAAAGAGCUGGAUUCUAUCAAGUCGGCUGAAUUCUCAUAUUUUGCCAUAGCUGAAUUGUGUGUAGUAAAGGUAUUAACCUAACUAAACUAGUCAACUGUGGAAGUCAUAAAUUGUAACCAACCACCAGGAGAAGAAUAUCAGUGCUAUAAUUCAGUGACGUCAGCAUCACGGAGUAUGAAUUGAUUUUGACAUUUAACAUAUCUUUGCAUUAUAUGACAAUUAUGAUUUUUUUUUUCAAUAGAGGUAGCAAAGCAGUUUCCUUUAAAAAUCAGUGUGUCUCAUUUUCCUCCAAUCACGAUAAAUGACACAAAGUGACACAAACUUUUUUUUCUUUUUCUUUUUCUCAAAUGCUCGUUUUGGUUCCUGUCCAUGCUGCCCACAGUAAACUGCCAUCUUUCCUGCUGUAUUUCUCAGCAUCAGGCGUGAAACACCUCUGUAACAUUGUCUUUGUCCUAUCAGUGGCUCAUCAUGGACUGAAAAUGUUGAACUGUGGGGUUGCAUACUGUAUAUUACGUCACCCGUUAAGAGAUUGUUGCUGUUCUUUUUAGAAUGAACUUUAAAUGUGCACUUAUCAUGUUUGUGUUACUCUGCAAGUACUUUAUAAUCUGUAAACCUAUAAUAAACUAGAAUGUGAUAAGACUUCCUCAGCAGGUGAAUCACAUGUAUGCUGUCAACAUCACUAAACCGAAGUUGAGAUUGCUUCGCUAAUUUUGAAUUUACUGUACUUUUGCAGCUGGAUUUGCUUCAAGAGGGAUGGGAAGGGGGAACACGAUGUUAACUUUGAUAUGAAAAACCGUCUGUCUUAUCCGAUUAGUGCUUGCGCAUUACACUUUAGUUUACAUUUCCAAAAAGACGCGAUGCUGUUCUGAACCCACGAUUCUUUCCAGACUACUGUGAUGAUGACCAUGGUAGUUUUUCUGCUUUCCUUUGAUUGUACAGCAAGAAAACCGUGCGUUUCGAGUAGGUUGUAUCCUCUUUGCUCUUUUUCUGUACGUUUCCAGUUCUCUUCGCGCUCCUGUACUCACAUUGGCGGAUAACCAGCUUUACCUGUUAAGCUUCUACACCAGUUUCAAAGUGAUUUGCCAGUGAAAACGAAAUGAAAACUGAAAAGAACCUGUGACUGGCAGAGGAUCUCUGUGGACUGGGAAAGACACCACUCUCGUGUGGCUCUUAAAAAUUUAGCCUUUACUUCAAAAUGAGGUGUUAAAGGGUUUACUCCGAGUAUUUUUUAAAAACCUGCACGUCCACGGCGGGCAGUAAAACUGGCAAGAUGGCUUAGUUCACUGCAGUCUGUUCAAAAAAAAAGAAAAAAGUUACGAACCUUUGAAGUGUUGCCAAACAGACUGUUUUCUAGUUAUUUAUUUUUUUUGGAAUGUAUAUUGAAAUGACAAAAUUGUAAAACCAUCUCUUGCACACAUCCGUAGGCUGUUGUGAUCGAAAAAGAGCUGAAAAAAAACUUCAACAUACUGUAGAUACUGAACUGAGGUAGACUGACCUUGUAUGUUACUGCACUUUGGGUAAUAAUUUCUUUGUACAUAAUAGCAGAACAGACUGGGUUUUACGUUGACAUUGUUUGGUUAUAGUGCAAUAUAUUUUGUAUGCAAGCAGUUUCAAUAAAUAAAGGUUGAUCUUCCUCUGCAA